AUGGCAAGCUCUCUCCCACGCCCUAAAAGAGCAGGGGAAUCCUUUGCCCGCACAAAUCAUGAUCAAGACGACUCCCCCGACAACAAGAAACCUCGUUUCGACCUUCGCAACCCUUCCGCACUUGCAGCCGACGCCCCAGAAGAGGAUGCGGUUUUAGAUGCCGAUGAGAUCGGUCGGCGCGGUCAAAAUGUGCGCCGCAAAGCAGUCAAUCUCGACGGAUACGAUUCGGACAGUGACAACGAAGGGUUCUCGGCGCGCAAGCAAGAGAAAUCAAAAAAGAUCGCAAAGGAUGCUGAUGACGACGACGAUAUGUUCGCAGAACUGCAGGAUGACUUUGACGAGAAUAAAGAGGAUGACGAUGAAGCUUCGCGCAAAAAAAAGUCCGUUCGCUUCCUGCGCGACAACGAGAUUGAAGGCCAGGAGUCCGAUUCGAAAGGUGGAAAGGCACUACGCGCCGAUCUAAGCAAAGCUCCUGGUGAGAUCGACGAUGAGGAAGAAGAUGAAGACAGUGGGAGUGAUGUUGGAGAAGAGGAGCGCGCCAGGAUCGAUGAGGAUCUGGACGAGGAGGUUGGCGCUGGUGGAAAGAAGAAGCAUGCACCAUUGCUCGAUGCCUUCAACAUGAGGACAGAACAGGAAGAAGGUCAAUUCGACGAAUCCGGGAACUAUGUCCGCAAAGCCGUUGAUCCAGACGCUGUAUACGAUUCAUGGCUGGACGGGCUUUCUAAAAAGGACAUCCAAAAGGCAAAAGAUGCCGCAGCGAAACGCGAAUCAGACCGGAAAGAGCAGGACCGCAUGAAUGACAGUGUGUUGACAGCCGAUGUCUUGAAGACUAUUAUUCUACACCUCGAGCGCGGAGAAACAAUAUUGGAAGCUCUGGCUCGACUAGGCAAGGGUCUGCAGCGUAAGCCCAAAUGGCAAAACAAGAAGAAAAACAAGAAGAGCAACACUGAAGACACUGAGAUGACCGACGAAAAUCCCGACGAAGCCAAGCGGAGAAAGGCAAUUGAUGACAUCACCGGUGCCGCCGAUAUACUUAUGGGCCGCGACCAACCCGAGAUCUUCGACACCGAGCGUGAGCUUCUAACCAGGCAGUAUCGCAACGAGACCGGCGAGGACUGGGUAGACCCACCUUCAGAAGGUGACGCGCAGGUCGAAACCCCCAUGAUGUGGGAAUAUCGUUGGUCAGAUGCCCGAGACGGAGGCGAUGCUCACGGGCCCUACGAUAGCACUAUGAUGGCUUCAUGGAAUAGUGCCGGUUACUUUGGCGAAGGAGUCGAAUUUCGCCAGGUUGGAAGUACAGGGCCGUGGAGUUCCACGGUUAGUUUCGUGUAA